CAGAGCCACCUGCCAACAUGUCCGACAAACCAGACAUGGCUGAGAUCGAGAAAUUUGACAAGUCCAAAUUGAAGAAGACAGAGACGCAAGAGAAAAACCCGCUGCCUUCAAAAGAAACAAUUGAACAGGAGAAGCAAGCGGGUGAAUCGUAAUGAAAUCUGCCCUUCCAAAUUAUGCACUGUACAUUCCACAAGCAUUGCCUUCUUAUUUUACUUCUUUUAGCUGUUUAACUUUGUAAGAUGCAAAGAGGUUGGAUAAAGUUUAAAAUGACUGUACUGCCCCUUUCACAUCAAAAGAAUAGAGAGAACUACUGACACUGAAUGAAGGCGCUGCCUUUCCCUCUGCCUGUCUGGCUUUGGUCCUGGUGGCAUGAAAGAGCUUGCAUGUUGAUGAAAGAAGAACUUGGGUGGGACUACAGUAAACUAGAGUAACACACGAAUAAAUGCAAAGCUGUACCAAGGUCCUGCGAGCUGUAAAAUGCAGUUAAUCGAGUGCCAUUUUUUUUUUUUGUUCAAAUGAUUUUAAUUAUUGGAAUGCACAAUUUUUUUAAUAUGCAAAUAAAAUGUUUUAAAACCUG